UUUCUCUGUACCCACCCAUUUCUUCAUCCAAAUUCAUAAAUCUUGAUUUUUAAUCAUCAUUUUUCAUUUUUAAUAGACAGCCACAUAAUAUUACUUAGAGUUUUCAUCUGGGUGUCUCUUGUUUUUUCAUAAAAAUUAUUGUUUUUAAAGAUUUGGGCUAAAGAGUUCAAACUUUGUAUUGGGUGGUGAGUUCAUUGAAGGAUGGUGUCUAUGGUGGGUUCAUUAGUUGUGGAUUCACAUACUUCACCAUGGUUAUGUUUGGAAUCAUUGACAUCAAAAACUUGUAUGAAUCACACAAAAGGUGAGUAUAAGGCCAAUGGUAAAGAGCGCUUGUUUCGUCCCGGUUCAUUGGAAUUAAGAAGUUCUUUUAUUCACUCAAAGUUUAAUGCAAACACACCUUCUUCCAAGAAGCAUAGGAAAACCAAAAGUCUUGUGAUUGUCAAUGAACUUGGUGGACAAUAUGAAGACAACUUCCGUGAUGUUCAAGCACAACUCUAUAAUCUUUUCACUUACAAAGCAGUGAGGACUGUUAUGAAUCAACUCUAUGAGAUGAACCCAACCGAAUAUCGUUGGCUAUAUGAUUUCGUGGUGAUAAACAAGCCUAGCGAUGGAAAGCGCUUUCUACGUAUCCUCCAAAAGGAAAAACAUGACCUUGCGGAAAGAGUAAUGGUGACGCGUCUUCACCUCUACGGAAAAUGGAUUAAGAAAGUGGAUCACGCGGAAAUGUACAAAGAUCUAUCGGAUCAGAACUUGGAAUUGAUGCGUGAGCGGCUUAUGGAGACGGUGAUAUGGCCAUCCGAUGAUGCAAACUGGGAUCCUUAUGUCUGAAAAUUUAAAGUUUUACAGUUGCUAUUUCAAUCUUAUCUAGGUAGAUGAUGUGGUUACUAAGGAAGAACUAUAGGCAAAUCUCUUGAUGUGCAUCUGACAUUGUACAUAUAGUCAUUUUUAGUUUGGUUUUAUGAUUUUAAGUAUUUCAUAUA